AGCUUUGCAACAAAUCUUUACAAAAGUAGCAGCCAUGUCUUAACAGUGGGUUCCUGGUUAUUCUCCAUUUGUUAGCGGGUUAUCUGCGAUUUUUUUAAAGCUUCACAUUAUAUAUUCUAAGCUGUUAUUAAAGCUAAAAUUAGACGGGAGGUAGGAUUUCCGCCCGUUGUGCGUUGAGAUCCUUUAAACUAGCUCUUGUCGGGUUGCUGCUGAGCAGUGUUGGGGAGGGAGAGGCCGGGGCAGGCAGUGGAGGUGCUGCGUGCAUCACGAACAACGGCGGCUUGCCUAGAAAUGAGAACCUGUUGAUUUAAAAAAAAAAAAAAAAACAACAACAACAAAAGCAAACGAACAAAAGCAAACCCAGAACCUCUGCACCGAAGUCGUCCAUUUGCCAAAUGUGCGGAGACGGAGACGUUGCUCUUGCGUUUUUGCGACCACGGAGCUCCCUGGUUUACUAGCCGGCGUAGCUAGCUUUCCGGCUGGCGUUGUUCAUUCACAUGGACACCGACGUGGAAGCAACAGUAAAUGCAUUUUGCAUCUUUCUACCUUAGCUGGCUAACGGGGUCCUGUCGGAACUUAUGACGGGCGUGUUAACGAGGCAUUUUAUAUUCAUGCACAGUCUUGUUGACCAUUUAUGUGGAGGCACGCCGAAUCUAAAUCAAGACCUAGAUGGAGCAAGGGCGUUUGGUUUUCGCUAGCUGGUUAGCUUAGCUAGCUAGCUAACUAGCUGGCCUGGCGGCUGUAUCGGAGCACAACAUUCAAGGCGGAAAAUAGAAGUUUCGGCGGUUUUCCGUUAUUGGUUUCAUGUUUGAGGAGCUAAUUAAGUGUCGAUCCAAAGCAUUGGAGUAAUUCAACAGUUGACUGCUCGCUUUAUGUUGGUAUAAAGUCAGAUAAAGUCAGCUAGCCGCGGUUGGGUCAGUGAUUGCCCGAUGAAGGAGUAUAAAGUGGUGGUACUGGGGAGCGGCGGUGUCGGUAAAUCCGCGCUGACCGUCCAGUUUGUCACUGGGACCUUCAUAGAGAAAUAUGACCCCACGAUCGAGGACUUCUAUCGGAAAGAGAUCGAAGUGGAUUCGUCCCCAUCGGUGUUAGAGAUUCUUGACACCGCUGGAACCGAGCAAUUUGCGUCCAUGCGUGAUCUCUACAUUAAAAAUGGCCAGGGUUUCAUCUUGGUUUAUAGUCUUGUCAAUCAGCAGUCGUUUCAGGAUAUCAGACCAAUGCGUGACCAGAUAGUUCGAGUGAAGCGCUUUGAGAAGGUUCCUCUGAUUUUGGUGGGCAACAAGGUGGACCUGGAAUCUGAGCGGGAGGUUGCUGGGUCCGAUGGCCGAGCCCUUGCACAAGAGUGGGGUUGCCCGUUCAUCGAGACCUCAGCUAAGAGUAAGACCAUGGUGGAUGAGCUGUUUGCUGAGAUCGUGAGGCAGAUGAACUAUGCCACCUUGCCUGAGAAGCAGGAGCAGUGUUGCACGGCCUGUGUGGUGCAGUGAGAUCUCAUGCCCUCCUGCACUGUCCCCAGACACAUCUGGCAGGAUGCCCCUGUUGAACCAGUGUCUGCUUUGAUGACGUUUUGACCUGCUUCAAUGAGCCACACCAGUGCCACUGAGCCUCUCCUGAACACUAAGGCUAAUACUGUCAUCUGAUCAGGCUUGGUUUUGCUGCAACUUAAACAGGGACUUUGAAAUCUCUCACUUUCAUUGGUGUCUGUAUUGUAGAGCACAUAUAUAUAGUACAGUAUAUAUACAGUAUACUGGGCUUUUGGGGGAACACAUUAGCAUUGGGGAAGGGCCAAGGACUUUGGAAAUGGGAACAUCUGUGACAGGGCUAUUAAUAUCUAUUUUCUUAGUGGGCGAAAUAGGUUAUAUUGAGCAGGACUUUUCAAGGCUGUUAAACCGCUGAAGGUGCUCAGUCAUACAUGAUAUCCCCAGGUUUUAUUUUAAUGUUUUAAGUUUGAUAUGUAAUUUUAAAAGUGACAAUAGCCAUUAUGCAGGUUUGAGACCUGGACCCUCAACCCCGCCCACCCCCUGGCUGUCUUCUUUUUUUUUUUUUUUUUUAAACUACAGUAUGUAUGCUUUUUUUCUCAUAAUAGACUAUUUAUUAAAAUCUUUAAUUACAAAGAUGGACAUACA